AUGUCGUCCACCCCGCCGAAGAAGGACGGUGUGGAACCACCGCAGUCGCCUGACGACGACCAACAUAUGGACAGGAACGCUGAGGAUACACAAGCCCAAGGACUCGGCUACGAAUUCGAGGUCAAGGAACAGGACCGAUGGCUUCCAAUCGCAAAUGUCGCCCGCAUCAUGAAGACGGCUCUGCCCGAGAACGCAAAGAUCGCAAAGGAGGCCAAGGAGUGCAUGCAGGAGUGCGUGAGCGAGUUCAUCUCCUUCAUCACCAGCGAGGGUAACCCACCCCACCCCGUUCACGUCCCCACUGACGCCCCAGCCUCCGAGAAAUGCCAGCAGGAAAAGCGCAAGACGGUCAACGGCGAGGACAUCCUCUUCGCCAUGACCUCGCUCGGCUUCGAGAACUACUCCGAGGCCCUCAAGAUCUACCUGUCUCGGUACCGCGAGACCCUCCUCGCAAAUCAGAACAAGCCUGCCGGCCAAUUCGGUGCGCCUGGGGCCGGCGCCGGCGCGCCACCUGCCGACGGCGGCCAGCAGCAUGUGAUGGGCCCCGACCAGGAGAUGGACGGCGACGGCGCCACCGCGUUUGGCUACAGUGUGCACAACGGGAAUGGCACUGCCGAGUACUAG